UAGAAAAUUAAAGACAACGAGCCGCCUCCGUGCAUUGGAGAAAGCCUGUUCUUUCUUAAGCACACAAAUAAAGAAACUUACCCCUCUGGAUCAAGAAGUCCUUUUAAUGAUUACGAAAUAAACAGGAUUCUUGAAGUAUCUCAAUACUUGAUGAGAAAUGGCUAUAGUCCUGCUGAUAUUACAGUCAUCUGCCCUUACAAUGCACAGGUAAAUAGAAUGAAAGGAAAAUUUCUUCUUGAAGCAAAUAAACCUUCUGAACAGUAUUUUACAAAGCUUAAAGAAAUCAAGAUAACAACUAUUGAUAGUUUUCAGGGGGAAGAAAACAAAGUGAUUUUGCUGUCGCUAGUACGCAGUAAUGAGAACCAGAAGAUUGGUUUCUUGAGUAGUGGUAACAGAAUAUGUGUCGCAAUUUCAAGGGCAAAAUGUGCAUUGUACAUUUUUGGAAAUCCAAGUGUUUACACGUUGUCUGAGAAAUGGGCUAAAAUCAUCAGAUUGUUUGAAAACAGAAAACUAAUUAGCUUCAAGUUCCCGUUUAAAAAUGAACUCGAGCAGGUAACCGACAGGGACCCUUUAUGUAAGUGGCUAAUUCAAAAAAUUUCUCAUAUAUUGAAAUAGAUUGAAUAGGUUCUUAGCUAACGGCCUAUAAUGAUCAUUAUUAUAAUGAAGGUAUCAGCAGCAAUGUUAGCGCCUUUUUUAUUUCCAGUUAGAGUACAAAUAUUUUUGUCUUUCACUGGAUGCAUCGAUAACACUUAAAAUGCCUAUGAAAUGGAAAUUUUGCAAAUUAAAUAAUGUUUGAAAUGACUAAACUUUUGA